AUGGACCCCACGAUACGGGACAAGUUCCUGUCUUGCUCCGAGUUGUUCAAGCAGGCACCGGCCGAGUAUCCCGACAUACAAGAUGCGUACAAGCGCUUUCAGGCAUGGUAUACCAACUAUACCGCUGGCCGAGCGGGCACACCCUCCCUUGACGAGCGCAUGCGCGAUACCCCAGACACUCGAUGCAUCAUCUUGGAGUUUCUCGGCGAUUUGGAGAGGGCACUCGGAUAUGGAAAGGACAGCAAGCAAAGCCCGGACGCCAACAAUUCAUCAAAACAAAACGAGGCGCUGGGCAGUUUGGUAGACAAGAAGUUAAUGCAAAUGCAAGAGGCUAUUAACGAUCUGGAAAGCAUGUCCAUCCUCAUUCGGAUGCCAGCUUCGGUCGAUAGGUACGAGAAGGCGAAAUAUGUCAACGUUGACCAUUUCAUCCCAAUCGACAAAAGUCACAUUGAGAAGCUGUUCCCAAAAGCAGACCCGGUACUCCGAAAUAAGCUACUACAGGGAGUACUGAGCCGCAGAAGGGUUCUGCGCUACGCCCAGGAGCACAAGGAGGAAUUAGCAAAAGAAUCGCCAUCUCCGCAGGAUGAAGAGGGAGACGAAAAUAGAAUAUUUGGUUGCGCCGACGAUGAGACCGCGUCCGACAUCCCGAACUCAUCCUCUUACAUGUCAAUCCGAGUGCCACCCAUGCCGCCCGCGGGCCAGAAGGGGAAGCCUUUCCAAUGUCCAUGCUGCUUCUCAAUGAUAGUGGCAAAGAAUCGAGAAGAAUGGGAGAGACAUGUAUUCUCUGAUAUGCUCCCCUACGUGUGCCUACACACCGAUUGCAAAGAACCGGACCGACUAUUUCACAGUCUCGCCACAUGGUAUUACCACGAGCGUUCUUUCCAUCAGAUGUGGAUCUGCAUCCAGGGCUGCUCAGAGCAGUUUGACUCCGAGACAGAUUUUGAAGCACAUUUGCGCGUCGCGCACGAGUUGAAGGAUAUCGCCCAAGCCGAGGAGCACGGGGCGCAACUGCCGGACAUGGAGACGGAGACAUCGAUGUGGUGCCCAAUGUGCCAUGACGAGACACAAGAUCCCAUACAGCUCAUGAAACAUAUUGGUCGUCAUCAAGUCCAACUCGGCCUGUGGCCUCUGCUCAGCAUGAGAUGUUUUGACGGUGAGGAUGGCGCCGAAAUGAGUGACGAAGAGGACAAGGUUCCGGACAAUCCGGCGCCGAGCCAAGACGCGGCCGGCUCCGAUUCACCGCCUCCCGGAUCUACGGAGACGUGCCUUUCACUCGACCGCAAGGAUUACACCGUAGCAUGGAUUUGCGCUUCGCCAGAAGGCCUUGCUACCGCAGAAGCUUGCCUUGACGCAAAACACAAGCCUGUGCCGCGGAUCCCCAGCGGCGAUCACUUCUACUCGUUCGGUGAGAUCAACGGACAUUAUAUUGUGAUAGGCUGCUCUGGUAUAAGAGAGAAUCGGCAGACUUCAAAUGCAAACCUUGCAGCCAUGAUGCGCGAAAAUUUUCCUGGGGUCAAGCUUUGUUUAUCUGUCAGCAUUGCCGGCGCCGUGCCGGCAGAAGGUCAAAACAUUCGACUUGGGGAUGUUGCCGCCGGCGCUCCCGGUGUGUUAGGGUUGGGUAUGGAUGGAGUUUUACAACCGGCGAGGCCCGAGUAUAUGGCACCCAUGCUCCUGCGUCGUGCCGCAUUUGAACUAUCGGUAAACUAUGAGAUUCAUGGCUCCACGCUCGGACAUGAUAUGGACUCUAUUCUGAGCACCAAGAGUCCACGAUGGCGCGGCUACUACUCGCGGCCGGAUUCGAGCUCAGACAAUGAUGGCCCAGCCGUACACCGCGGCUUCAUCGCUUCUGGCACCACCAUGCUGAUGAGUGCCGAAGGCCGAAAGGCGUUGGCGGAUAGAGAAAAUGUCGUCUGUUUCGAAAUGCAAGCUGCCAAACUAAUGGAAGUUUCCGAAAUGGCGGAAGGCUUCCCGGUCAUGCUGAUACGAGGCAUCUACGACUUAUGCGACUAUUGCGACACCCACGAGAAUGAGCAGUGGCAGCCCUAUGCUGCCAUGUCGGCGGCAGUAUAUGCAAGAGCUCUACUGCGACACAUAUCUCCCCAGGAGAUCAAAAAAUACCUCGUACUGAAGGAUGCCUAG